GUUGCGCGAUACACGACCGACAAAGCUCUGCGUUUACUUUAGCAGCUAGGAAUAUUCUAAACCAAGGCAUGGCGGAAAAGCCGCUGUUUGUGCUCGUUUUUCUUUUGACAAGUAUGACGUUGUCUAGCGGCAUCCUCAAAAACCGGCUCCCUCUAAAGCGAAAACUGGAUAUAAGAAAGUUUGUAGGUACAAGCCAACCUAUAUGGACAUAUACUACAACUACGACUAGGAAGAACUUGUUUUGUAAAGUGGACGAAAUGCGGAGUUUGACUCAUGGAUCUAUUUUCUUCAUAAGAACCUAUUUUAGACUCCCUGACCGAGUUCCUGUUAGUAAAGGCUAUGAGGGAUUGUUUCCAAGGGACCAAGCAAAUUUCAUGCAACUUCGCAAAUCUGCUUUUCACAGUCCUGUAUUUUAUGCGAAGGAGAGACUUCUUUAUUACAAUCAAGAGUAUCGUUGCGCAGUGAUGAGGGUGGAACCUGCUGUGCAUGGUUAUCCACCCUACUAUGAGCUCCGUAUCUGGAAUUCUACUGUUAUUCGCGGCCCUCGCACAAUAUGUACUACACGCUUCUUAAAGUAUGGUGACCCGGGGCGCGACAUUUAUGGACCGCAGUGCCAGCGUCUUCUCCAUGAGUAUCAAUAUAAGGAGGGAUAAGGUUCUUCAUAUGGAACAAGUUGCACAAAAGACAGGGACAAAAGAAGGAACAUGAAGAAUCGAUGACAGCUAAGGUUUUGUAGGCUAAGGUUCUAACUUUAUGACGAAGGAAAGGCAAGAAAAUAAUAACGCAGCACAGCGCGACCAUCUGAUUAAGUCUUUGUGUGCACUUUGAGCGAAGUAGCGAAAAGUAGAAUGAGACCAUAAAAGCACUCUUUUUUGAAAAAAAUAAAAUUUGGCACCAAUAGAAAUAACGUCAUUGAGGUUUUCUUCAGUAAAGCGCGCAGGGAGCUCACGUGGCAACUGCGAUGAGCGGUGAAGCUAGAUCUUAGACAUAUUUGAAAACAACAACACAAAAAACAAAGAAAAGCGCACCAUAGUGCUGUGGUGUCUUCCUUGUACUUCUUGUGCCCGUGUUGGUUUUUCGCACAGUUGUCUUCAAAUACGUUCAAGAAAUUCGCCGCCUGGCCCAGCCUUCUUCUACAGUCAAAUGAGCGACCGGCGCAAAAUGUGAUGGCUCUCCUUGAAUCUUUGGGAUUAGACGUGGCCUUUGUUGUCAAUUUAGCUGAGUGCUGCAUAAUCAGCUGCGCUUUCCUAAUUCUUGAAUAGUCUGAAUAUCACAGAAAACCUACUGCUACUGAAAAAGCUCGAAACAGGUACAUCAUUCAACAGCCCUCAAGGAGGAAGGUACUGGGCCUCAAGCCUACCUGUGGGGCGAUAGUACUGAUCGCGAACUCUGGCCGUCGAGACUGCAACAUACGUCGCCAAGACAUGCCCGGACAAGCUGCCUUUGAAAAUGCGAGAAGCACGUUCAGACUUCGAAAGAUUCGAGGAUGCCGCGAAGGUGUCAGUGGGGAAGAUCUAGAAAGCAUGUGGGGGCCUGUAUAAGCGCUGCGCUAUAGAAGGUGAGAAGACCUGACAGCUGCGGUAAACAGAGCUGAAGACAGAGUGGCAAUCCCUGUGCAUGAAAACAAAGGAACCCCAGGACUAAGCAACGCAGCCUACAGCAUCUUAAGAUGGCUUUCGCUUCAUCAAGAAUGUCCCUGUUAAUAAAUCAGUCAAUUUGUCCUGAGGGCUUCAAGGUGAAAAUCAAGCACGAAUGAAUACCGAAGGACCAUUACUGUUCUUUUUAAAUCAGCAAUCUACAUACCUGUACUUAUUUCGUUUGAUG